AUGUCAGCAGCAUUAGUAAAUAGAUCAUUAACAACAAUAAGAACGGAGUUAGAGUUUUUAAAAGAUUCUGAUGUCAUUACAGAAGCUUUAUAUAAUCAAUUAGUUGAUUCAUUACCUCAAAAAUAUACGAAAGAUAGUAAACCAAAAGAUAUUGGCACCGCCAACAGUGAAAAAUCAACUAAAUCAGAGGUCAACUACUCCCAACAAGCUCAAAUAACUACAAAUCAAUCAUUUAAAGAUCAAACAAAUAAAAUAGCAGAUGAACUAGCUAAAACUAGUCUAACAGUAGCUCCACCAGCUUAUCAACCACAACCACCAAAUAAAGAACCUAUUCCUGUUGGAUAUUGUACUGCCAUUUACGAUUAUGGAGCUCAAGAAGCUGAUGAUUUAAGUUUGAAAAAAGGUGACAUUUUAGCUAUAACAGAACAUUUAUCAGAAGAUUGGUGGAAAGGUUAUAAAUCAACAGAUCAAAGUAAAAAAUCAGGUGUAUUUCCAUCGAAUUAUGUUAAAGCUGUAUUAGAACAAGAAUUUCAAAAAUCAAGAAAACAAGUACAACCUAACCCUAAUUUAUCACAACAUAAUUCAUAUUCUUCCAAUAAUUCCUAUACUAAUAAUUAUGGAGGUGCACCUGUUCCUUAUGGACAAAUGCAACCACAACCUUCUUAUGGAGGUUAUGCUCAAUAUCCACCACCUUCUAAUUAUUUUCCACCAGCUCAACCACAAACAGCUGUUGUUCCUAGUGAUCAACCUCAACAAGUUCAACAACAACCACAAUCCAAUGGAAAUGAACAUUUGAAGAAGUAUGGGGCACGUUUUGGAGAUGGUCUUGCAGUUGGAGCCGGUAUGGGAAUUGCACUGGGUGUGGUUAAUAGUAUUUUUAAUUGA